AGGUGGGGGGGUGUUGUUGUUGUUGUUCUUCGCGAUCGGGUACUAGGAAGAGGCAGGAGGAGGAGCAGAGGGCCUUUUGUUUUGUCCGUCCGGACCGCAGGAGUGACUAUGACUUACCUACCACUAUGGCGAGGGCGGGCGUGGUGACGACGAGGUCGGCUGGCAUGGUUUUGCUUGCUUGUUCUUCAUUCGAUUCAGCGGGCGCGGACACCGAAACGCGACGAGUCAAGCAUUCGACCUCGCUCCAGGCCUGCCUGUGGCGGGUCUGUUUGAUACCGGCGUUCGUCCGUCACGGCCGAACGCAGCGAGCGUAUUGUGCGAGGAGCGAUCGUUCGGUUCUGCCGAGCCGAGAGAUAGCGGUAGAGUGGGUGGUGGCGAGUCGCGACGAUAGUGACGGCGAGGUGGUGAUGGCCGUUGGCAGUUGGCAGUUGGCAGUUGGCAAUUGCGGUUUGUAUGGUGAAGAUACGGGGGGUGGGCAUGGAAACGGACGCGGACACGGACACAGAUGGAGAGAAGGGAGAAUGGGAAUCAGUUACGUUGCGGGUGAGGACGACAUUUGAUGAUCAGCCUCACAGCUCGAUGCAGCUAGAGGAUGGUGGUUGAGCCCAGCGAAGCCUGCACGACUUGUGUACCGAUUAGGCGACGACGCCCACUCCGGG